AUCGAUAUUUCUUGGCCAAGUCGUAUUUGCAAGCCGUACUUGCUUACUCGCGGAUUGUGGAAGUUAUAAUAAUUUAAAGGCUUUUUUAAAGAGUUUCGAAGGCCGAACGCCGAAGUUGUAAUGAAUUAAAGUGCUGCUUCUGAUGCCCUCAAACAGCCUACAAAAUAAUAUAUAAAAUAUAACUGAUACUGAAUAACUGAUAUUUUGGCCUAUUUGAACUCACCCCACCCCUCCCAAAAAAUAGAAAUGAAAAAAGUUAAUGGGAAGAAAAUUGCCAGAAAAAUUGUCAGGUUUUGUGCUCAUCUAUCAAAAGACAUGUCAGUAAACUUGCUAGAUAAUUUUUCUUCCUCACCUACCAAUGUAUUAUGUCUGAUAAAUGCCGGUUUAUUAAAUGGAUUCACUAGAGAAGAAAUAUUGGAUAUUUUUGAACAUUUUGGGGAAGUUGAAAAUCUGAUAAUGUUAGAAGGAAAAUCUUAUUGUGUUUUAAGCUUUAAGAAAGAAAAUAAUAGUGCUGAAAGCUACCAGAAACUAAAUGGAAGUUUCUGCUUGAAGGAUGAAUCUAAACCUCUGUACUUGUGUUUUCUGAAGUGUAUUGAUGACACAUUAUUAAGUUUCCAAGAAACUUCAAAGGUUUGGCCCACUGGACUUAAAUUGAAGAAAAAUUUUAUUUCAUUGGGAGAAGAAGAAAAACUGUUAUUUUUUACCCAUACUCAGCAGUCUGAAUCACAGACUUCACAGCUUAAACAUAGAACAGUGAAGCAUUAUGGCUUUGAGUUUCUGUAUGGUAGUAAUAAAGUUGACAAAAACCCACUAUCUUCUGGAAUACCUGUUGAAAUGGAGCCACUCGUAGAAAAAUUUAUGGAAUUUGGUUUGGUGAGACCAAAUCAGUUGACUGUCAAUCAUUAUGUACCUGGACAAGGGAUACCUCUUCACACAGACACACAUAGUUCCUUUGAAGAUGGAAUUAUCAGUGUAUCACUGGGUUCUGAUAUUGUUAUGGAUUUCAAAAAUAAUAAAGGUGGAGAAUGUGUCAGUAUAACUUUGCCAAGACGUUCGUGCUUAAUAAUGACAAACGAAUCAAGAUACAUGUGGAGUCACGGUAUUACGCCACGAAAAUCUGAUGUAGUUGAUGCCGAGUUUGGAGGCUUGACCAUUCUUCGGCGAGAAAAGCGGACGUCUUUAACGUUUCGUAAAAUACGGACGUCGGAAUGCGAUUGUAAAUUUACCGAAUGGUGUGAUUCACAAUCAUCAAAGGUCGUAGAUUUUUCAGAAGAGGCCGCUGACCAAAUCGAAAAAAAUCAUGUAUUUCAUGUUUACGAUGGAAUCGCAUCCCAUUUUAGUGAAACAAGGCAUUCGCCGUGGCCGAACGUAAAAGCGUUUAUAAUGAGUUUUCCUGUUGGGUCACUGCUAGUAGACAUCGGUUGCGGAAAUGGCAAAUACUUCAACUGUUCGAGCUCAUUGUUUAGUAUUGGAACUGACCGAUCAAGUCAACUAUUAAAAAUUUGCAGGAAUCGUGAUGAUCAUCAGGUUGUUAAAGCUGAUUGUCGCGUUUCGCCGUUUCGAGAUAGUAUAGCUGAUGCUGCGAUAUGUAUCGCCGUCAUUCAUCAUUUGACAACCGAUGAACGUCGUUUGAAAACGCUGAUUGAUAUAAGCCGUGUGCUGGUAAAGGGUGGUCGAGCUCUAAUAUAUGUUUGGGCCAGAGACCAACAAAUAGGAAUGGAAAAAUCUUCGUAUCUGCUUCAAAAAAAGAGUGAGGUAUCUAGUAGAGCAGAGGCAUAUCCUACAGCGGUUUUACCGGUACACGAAAAUCGGACAAAUUUCAAGCAUGCUGAUAUUCUUGUUCCAUGGAAACUUAAUUUCCGAAAUUCUAAUUCCGAAGAUUUAGAGAAUAGAGGAAGCUCUGAGUCAAAUCCUUCUACCUACCUGAGAUUUUAUCACGUAUUUAAGGAGGGUGAAUUAGAAUAUUUAUGUUCCAGGGUUUCGAAUAUCACUGUUUGUCGUAGUUUUUAUGAUCAAGGUAAUUGGUGUGUUGAGUUUAAGAAAGAAUAGCUGAAUAGAACAUUGGUACAAAAGACA